CCUGCAUGAAUCUAAGCGACAUCACUCCGAGAACAGCAACGAUUACAGGUGCGAAAGCUUAACAAGCAAACAUGGAGUUUAUUUUGCCCAUUGGCAUCUUAUUGAUUACUUUUCUCACUGUCUACUUCCUGUGGCCUGUAGCACUGGUCAGGUUUUCAAGAUGGGCUGGUCAAAAAAUAAAUGGCUUGCAAGUGAGAUAUGUUGAACAUAAUGGCUACCGGUUCUGUUACUUGUCCCGUGGGAAACCUGGCCUUCACCCCUCCAUCCUGAUGCUUCACGGCUUUACGCUUGACAAAGACCUGUGGUUAAUCACCCUUUACUUCUUUCCUAAGAAUAUCCAUGUGGUCUGUCUUGACCUGCCUGGUCACGGGGAAACCUCUUGUUUGCCAGGAGAUAGAUUCACUACAUUUGACCAGGUGAAAAGGAUACACCAGUUUGUUGAGUGCACUGGUCUGAAUGGAAAGCCUUUCCACCUGGUUGGCAUCUCCAUGGGCGGAAUGAUUGCCGGGGUUUAUGCUGCUCAUUAUCCAUCUGAGGUCUGCUGUCUGUCCCUCCUUUGUCCAGUUGGCUUGAGGUACCCAACAGAUACUGACAUCAUGAAGCGUGUCAAAGAGGAGAGAAAAAAACAUGAUGAAGUCCCUAUGGUUCCUUCAAAUACUCAACAAGGAGCAGAGUUUUACAGAAUUGGUCUAUACAAUACUUAUAGAAUACCUGGACAGAUCGUAAAAGGGUUCUUUCAAGAUUGGCUGGUAGAGAACAAUUUUUUCAAAAAAUGUUUUUUAGAUGUCUUCGGAGAUGAGUCCUUGUACAGUCUUCAGGAAAACAUGAGCAAAAUCAGGGCUCCAACACAGGUCAUCUGGGGGAAGGAAGACAAGAUAGUGGAUCAAUCUGGAGCAGAAGUUUUAGCCAAAGGCAUUCCUAAUUGCCAGUUGUAUCUGCUGGAGAAAUGUGGACACUUCCUACCAAUUGAUUGCCCCAAGCAAUCUGCUCAGCUCAUCUUGGACUUCUACACUUCUUACAUGAAGAAUAAGAAACUGGCAUAAACCAAGAACCAAAACAGUUAGGAUAUUUAAUGUGAAAUUUGGAAAGGAAGGGAGGGGGCACUGUAGUAGUUUUCUGUAAUAAUUUGUCAAGUUCCUUUUGCCAAGCUUGGUUUUUAUUUCCUUCUUUCUGUACAUUGAAACCUGUAGUUGACCCUUUCCAGAUUAAUGAAGCAUUAUUCCCAAAAUGUACUUCCUAAUGGUACAGAAACAAACUUCUACAGAACCAUAAUCUAUAGUAAUAGAAGUUUGAUGGGUUGGUUCCAGUGAUUUGCCAGCAGAAAGUGAUGGUCACAGUCCUGGCAGAGCGCCUUUACACUGAGCUGAUUAACAAAAGCUUUAUUAUUAGAAAUGAUAAACUGGAUAGGAAAGUGGAGAGAUAGCUAUCUGCCAAGCUAGUUUAAGUGUGUGUCUAUGGAGUUCUAGAAGGACAGCCUAAGAUUACUAAUAUGCUGAGACAAGAGGAAAGGGUCCAUAAGAAAGAAGGUAAACCCCUACAGUCCU